UAGAAAUAUCUAGAAUCAAGAUAUUUUAAGAAGAAAAAGAAAGAAAGAAAAAUAUAGAGAAUUCUAGAAAAAGUGACUAAGUGAAGAUAUUUUGUAAUAGUAAAAUAAGUAUAAAAAUCUAGAUAGAAAUCAAGAGAAUUCUAGAAUUCUCACUUGAUUACUAUAUAUAUGUGGAGGUUGUAUCAAUUGUAGAUAAUGAAGUGAAUUGAAGAAAAAUUGUGUUAGUAAACAACAAUCCUCCCACUCAAAUUCCUAAGCACACACACGUCCACAACCAAUUUCUCUAAAUUUCCUCCUACCAAUUAAAUAAAUUCUCCAUUAUAUAUUCUUAUAUUCCAACAAAGUGGUAUCCGAGCCAUAAAAUCCUACCUGUGGAAUGGCCAACCUACAAUCGUUUCAAGUCCCCGUGCUCAACAAGAGCAACUUCGACAAUUGGAGCAUCAAGAUGAAGGCACUAUUAGGAGCCCAUGACGUUUGGGAGAUCGUGGAGAACGGCUACGAGGAGCCGCGGGACGAGGCCGCACUAUCCCAACAACAAAAGGAUAGAUUGCGAGAUGCGAGAAAGAGAGACAAGAAGGCUCUCUGUCUCAUUUAUCAAGCGCUAGGGGACGAUGAUUUCGAGAAAAUCUCGAAUGCGAGUACCGCCAAAGAAGCGUGGGAGAAGCUCCAGAACACGUGCAAAGGAGCGGAGCAAGUAAAAAAGGUACGACUUCAAACUUUAAGAGGAGAGUUUGAGUCUUUGCAUAUGAAAGAGUCCGAAUUGAUUUCGGAUUAUUUUUCAAGAGUCUUGGCGGUAUCUAAUCAAAUGAAAAGAAAUGGUGAAAAGUUGGAGGAUGUUAGAAUUAUGGAGAAAAUAUUGCGCUCACUAACUCCAAGAUUUGAGCAUAUAGUAAUCACAAUUGAAGAAACUAAAAAUUUGGAGGAGAUGACAAUCGAUCUCUUGUUGGGGUCCUUGCAAGCAUAUGAGGAGAAACAAAAGAAGAAGCAAGAAAUUUCAGAGCAACUUUUAAAGUUGCAAGUAAGCUCAAAAGAUAAAGAAGAAAGCUCGAGCAACAGCCACGGACAAUACAAAGGAGGACGUGGUCAAGGUCAAGAUCGAGGCAGAGGCCGUGGACGUGGACGUGGACGUCGACGAGGACGAGGAGGCUUUGUCAACAGUGGUGAAAGAAAUGAGUUCACAAGUGGUCGAAGGAGGAGCAACCCACAGUCUAGAAAUGAAAAAGUAAGGAUUGAAGAGAAGGCCAAUUACGCCAAAAAUACAAGUCAAGUUAUUGCAAAUAGUGAAAAUUGGCGAGUUGCAAUGGACGAAGAGAUCAAAGCUAUAAACAAGAAUGAUACGUGUGAGCUCGUGACACUACCGGAAAGGCACAAGACCAUUGGAGUCAAGUGGGUGCAUAAGGUUAAGAAGAAUUCCAAAGGUGAUGUUGAAAGAUAUAAAGCAAGGCACGUUGUGAAAGGAUUUCGCCAAAUUUAG